AUGCGCGCUGCCCGGGAAUUCUGCCUUAGCGCGCGGCCCGGGGAUUCUGCCUUAGCGCGCAUGCCAGCAGGGUGUUUGGGAGAAUUUACCAAUGAAGACAUCCAGGACUGGAAUUCUCUAUGUCGGUAUAACCCAUUUGAAAAUGUUUAUUAUUAUUCUAACCAAACUUUUCAGAGAUGUGACAAAAGAAAAUUAGAGGAAGUUCAGAAGACAGCUCAUAAAUGGACAAGGCAUUCUUUAAGAAAAAUUUACCAAGGACCAUCUGAUUACUUAACUGUCAGGAAACAGGCUCCAUUCAGACAUCAUUAUACUCCUAAAACCCACCCUCAAAAGGCAGAAUCUAAAAAGUCCAAAGAUGACAAAAAAGAAACAACUUUUAAGAAAUAUUCUAAGAAAAAUACAAGCCCACAUGAAACAACUCCAGAAUCCAAGAAAAUAGUAAAUGACAAAAAAAGUAAAAGAGGAAUUAAAGCAGAUAAAACUCCAUCAAAAUCAUCAUAUGAAAGUGAACUAUCUAAGAAGUCAAAGUACAAAUCAGAAGCAAACCCAGAAUCCAAAGAUUCUAAGGCAGUCUUGAUGAAGGAUCCAAAAAAAAAUAAGAGAGAUUCAAAGAAUUCCAAAGAGACAGACAUUGAAUCCACAUGCACAAAGAAGGAUUCUAAGAUCUCAAAGAACAAUUCUGAUGCUAAAUCAGAGACUUGCUCAAAAAACAGUUCAAAUAUGGAUUUAAUUAUGUAUUUAGAGGAGUCUGGUGCUGAAUCCAUGGAAUUUGAUAUGUGGUUAAAGAAUUACUCACAGAAUAAUUCAAAGAAGUCUUCGAAGAAGGAAGCAAAGAGUUCUGAUGCUGAAUCUGUAGACUCAAGAGAUGCAAAGACUGAUAAGAAAGAUACAAAGAAAGACAACAAGAAGGAUGCAAAGAAGGAUGUAGAGUCUACUGAUACAGGGUCUACAGACUCAAAAGAUGCAAAAAAAGAUUCAAAGAAGGCUAAGAAAGAUUCAAAGAAAAAGGAUGCUAAGAAAGACAAAGAGUCUACUGAGGCUGAAUCUGAGUCUGAGUUGGAGUCAAAAAAGGAUAAGAAAGAUUCAAAGAAAGAUAAGAAAGUUUCACAGAAAGAUGACAAGAAAAAAGCUUCCAAGAAGGACACAGUGUCAACUGAUGCUGAUUCUGAAUCUGAAUGGAAUUCAAAAAAGGGUGAAAAAAUUGAAAAGAAAGAUAAGAGAAAAUCAAAGAAAGAUGACAAAAAGAAGUCUGCAAUGAAGUCUGAAGAAUCCAGUGAAACUGAAUCUGACUGGGAGUCAAAGAAGCAUAAAAAAAUGUUAAAGAAGACUAAGGGAGAUUCAAAGAAAGGUGCCAAGAAGCAGGAUGCAAAAAAGGGCAUGGAGUCUACUAGUGCUGAAUCUGAUGAGUCUUCCGGGAAAGGCCCAAAGAAGCGCGGAAUCUUGAAAAGUUCACACGCUGAAUCUGAAGAGUCAGUACAUAAAUUUGGGGCUAAAAAGAAAGGAGUUGAUGAAUCAGAUGCCACAUCUACAGAUUCAAAGAAGGAAGCACAAAAGAGAGAACACAAAAUGUCAUUCAAAAAGACCACAUUCAAAGGAAAAGAGACACAUACAGGUAGAGUUCCUCCAUCAAGAGAAAGACCACCACUACCUCCUUGUAAGCCUUUAUUACUGUCACCUAAGGUCAAACGUCUCUGUAGGUGCAAGAUGCCUCCUCCACCUCCAAAACCAAGAUAUGCUCCUUUGGUAUGUUUACUCCUGUUUUAUUUGUAG